UUGGUUCAAUACAAAUCAGAGGGUUGUGGUGCUCGAGGAGACGGUUGGACUGCUGAAGAAUUGGUAUGAUGCUGAGAUGGCUAAAUUACUCGCUCAAUGGCAGGAAGAGGAACGGCUGCGUAAGGAACGUGAAGAAGAGGAGCGGCGUAUCAGGGAAAAGCAGGAGCGUGAGAGUUUCCAGAAAGAGCUCAGCCAAGAAUGGAACGAUAAGUUUGAAUCCGUUUGUGGUACUCUACGAUCCUCGAACUUGAAUGUUGAACGUGAGCUGGAGCUGUUGAAGAGACAGAUUGAGGAUCUCAAGAUUAGUCAGAAGCAGGGAGUGCAUCCUGGUGCCUCUACCAGUACUCAAACUACUGGAAACGACGCUUUGUUGGCAAGAAUGCUCCAAGAGCAUGAAGAUAUGAAGACGAGCCUGGAACGUGCGUCUGGAGCAUGCAAGAAGGUUGAGUCCUUGGAAGCGGAAUUACGUACCUUGAAGCAAUCUCAUGAGGAAGCCGUGACUGAAGCUGAAGCAUGGAAGAAGGAGGCGCUCAAGUCUAGAAAUAAACGUAGUAGAUUGACGAUUUCUCCCUCCUCUGAACUCAAGAUGCCCCCAGCGACCACUCCCGCCAACAAGGACCGACCAGUGACGGAUCCGAGUCAAUUACAGCAGUUACACAACCUGGAGGUUGAUGCCCUUAAAGGAGAAGCAGAGACUCAGAGAGAAGUCGAGCGUGAGAAUGCCAGAUUGAAGGAGGAACUGGGGAGGCGUGGAGUGGAGAAACGCACUCCAAUGUCUACCUUCAGAGAACGUCUGGAUGAGGUGGAGACCGUGGCUGGUGGUUCCGGCUUGAAAACCAACAAGAAGAAGAAGGUUGUUGGUGGCAAUGAUGAUACCAAAGAAAAUGUCAGAGACGCAUUUCUCCGGGAGGCACGGAAGGAGUUUCGAAAUCUCAAGAAUGACGAUGUCAUGGAAAUUUGUUUAAAGGAAGGUAUCAAGUACACUACACUUACCGAGACGGUUUCGGAGAUUAUUGCCAAGCGGGCGGAUCGUGCCUUUGGCAAACGAGUUGUGGUCCAAGAAAUUUCGGAUGACAUAGCAGGUGGGGCGCAGGUCGACAGUCGGAAUGAUGGGAGGGACUCCGUCACUUCUUAGGGUCCCUCCCGAGUGCGGCUUUGCUUUGGUCG